CCCCGUCCUGGGCACCAGGCCCGGCUGAAGGGCGGGGAGGGGCCGGUGCUGCUGCCGGGAGGUGGAGGUGCAACCCGGCGCGGAGGCCUGGAGGGCCAGGCGGGGGCAGAGUGGCUCGGCCACCCCCGCACGGGAGCCGUCCCCGGAAGCGGACGCGCGGCGGCACGGGGGGGCGCCCGCAGCGCAGAAUUUCCAAGAGGCCGGUUUUCCAGAGCUGGUCUUGUGUGAGUGGGUUAUGUUAGGACGAACAGGAGUUUGCGGGCACAGCGGGAAGACCUGGCUAUUCAGGCAAAGGAGCCUUCAGGUGCAAGGACACAGAUCUGAGGGAGGAAAGAGUUUAAGAGUUUCACCUUUUGGUUUCCCAACUGAAUGGUGGGAGCAUAGUGGACGAGGCAGCUGAUGGUCCUGGGCAGGUAAGCGGGUCUCUGAACAGUGAAUGGAAUUGUCUGUAGUGCAGAGGAACUUGGACUUUAUUAGGUGGACAAAGGUGAGCCAGCCAAAGCCUCUGAGCCCUGGAGUGCUGGAGAAAUCACUCGGGGGCUUUGUAGGGCAAGAACUGAUGUGAAAUGGCCCAGAAUCGGCUCCUCCGAACUAUGGAGACUGAAAUCCUGAAUGAGACGACGGCUGGGAAUCAUAGGAAAUCUUGAUGGCUGUAGGUUAGCACUGUUUGUGUUUGUUAAGGAAGAGAGUGUGUGAAAAAGGAAAGAAGACUCAGGAGCCGAGACUCCUAGAAAUAUAGAAAAAGGGGAUAUUGAAUAUAGAAAAAUAGAAAAAGUUGGGAUGUGGAGAAGAAUGUGGGUGGGAUAUUUUAGAGAGUGUUGAGGGUGGAGGAGUGUAGGGAGUAGAGUCACGGUUAGGGUCUGCCCUGUCGAGUAGUCUCAGUGGUAACCUGACUGUUCCGAGGGGCCCUCAGCUGCCUCUUUGGCUGGUGGCAGUGACUGAGAGGGACAGAAGAGGACGAGUCAGUGUGGCAUGAUAGGCAGAGCCAGAGAGUUAAGCAGGUGUGGGUUCUGUCUCAGUUCUGGGACUUCAAGGGAAGUUAAUCUCUCUGAGCCUUGGCUUCCUCAUCUGUAAAGUGGAUCUAACACCCUUCUUGUAGGCUGUGAGACAUAAAACAGUAUAUAUAUAAAGUGCUUGGCACAGGCUCAAAAAAUGAUAGCUGUUAUCAAGGGUGAUAGACCUCUGAAAGAGGACACAUUGUAGAGAAAGUCUGGGACCUAGAGCACAGGUGGUGGAUGUGGGUAUAGGGAUGAACAGCAAAAACUUUUGCAGAGACUCAUGAAAAAGAUGAGAGGAUGUUUGCUGAAAUAAAGAUGAAGAGACAUGAGAAAAUUGAUGGCUGAUCCCUUAUAUGUUUGAGUCAGUGACCUUCGAGGAUGUGGCUGUCUACUUCUCUGAGAACGAAUGGACCGGCCUGGGCCCUGCUCAGAGGGCCCUGUACAGGGACGUGAUGCUGGAGAAUUAUGGGGCUGUGGCUUCCCUGGCAGCAUUUCCAUUUCCCAAACCGGCCCUGAUUUCCCAGCUGGAGCGAGGGGAGGCACCCUGGUGCUCAGCUCCUCAGGGAGCUCUGGAUGGAGAGGGCCUGAGGGGCAUCUCCUCAGUGUUUCCAUGUCUAAUGCCUGCUGGGAUCUUCCAUCUUGAGCAGGCAGAAGAGCCGUUGAACCUGAAACUGAAAGGAGAGCGUCCAAGCCUAAUUUGUACAGAGAGUGUGUUGAAGAGUGAGAAAGAAGACUAUAUUCUGAAGGAGGAAAUUUUUGAGGAAGCACAGAACCUCAUGGUGCUAUCAAGUGGACCCCGGUGGUGUGGCUCCCAGGGAGUCUGGCUUAGGAAAACCUGUGAAGAGGAGAAAAGUAGCUUAGGAAGAUGGCCUGGCUACCCCAAUAGGGGAAGUAUGGAGAAUAUUCCAAAUGAUAUUAUAGAAGUGAUUGUCAAGGAUGAGAUGAUCUCAGUAGAAGAGAGUUCAGAGAAUACUAAUGUCAAUAACCACCUUGGUAUACAUCAGAAAAUGCUAAGUGAGCAGGUAUUCUAUAUAUGUGAAGAAUGUGGCAAGUGUUUUGAUCAAAAUGAUGACUUUGAUCAACACCAGAAAACUCAUAGUGGAGAGAAGGUCUAUGGAUGUAAGGAAUGUGGGAAGGCUUUUAGUUUUAGAUCACACUGCAUUGCACAUCAGAGAAUUCACAGUGGGGUGAAACCCUAUGAAUGUCAAGAAUGUGCCAAAGCCUUCGUUUGGAAGUCAAACCUGAUUCGUCACCAGCGAGUACAUACUGGAGAGAAACCCUUUGAAUGUAAGGAAUGUGGGAAGGGCUUUAGUCAGAACACAAGCCUUACACAGCAUCAGCGAAUCCACACUGGGGAGAAACCAUACACAUGCAAGGAAUGUGGGAAAAGCUUUACUCGAAACCCAGCCCUUCUUCGACAUCAGAGAAUCCACACUGGGGAGAAGCCUUAUGAAUGUAAGGACUGUGGAAAAGGCUUCAUGUGGAAGUCAGAUCUUGCUCAGCACCAGAGGGUCCACACUGGGGAGAAGCCUCAUGAAUGUUCUGACUGUGGGAAAAACUUCAUUUGCAAGGCACACCUUAUUCGACAUCAAAGAAUCCAUACUGGGGAAAGACCCUACAAAUGUAAGGACUGUGGGAAGGCCUUCAGUCAGAAUUCUGUCUUGAUUAAGCACCAAAGGCGCCACGUUAGAGAGAAACCCUAUAACUGCCAGACCUCUCACCUUGAACAUUAGAGAGUAUAUAAUGGUGGUACUUGUUUAUAAUUCUUGUGCUACUGGAACCCCACAGACAAAAUGAGCUGACCUUCCACAAUUUGCUAUAACCCUACUAGCCAGUAUUAUCUUGCCACUUCUCCUGAACAGAUACUAUGUACUGUAGCAAGACUAGUUCCCCUGUUCCACCAUGUUUAUACUAGGAACCAUUUAAUUGAGCACCUACUAUGUCAGGUACUGUGCUAACCACUUUACAUACAUUCUUUAAUUUUCAUAACAGUCCUAUUAAGGUAGAUACUCUUCCCAUUUUACAAAUGAGAAAUUUGAGGUUGAAAGAGGUUCUAAAACCCAUUGGAUGUUGCUCAGCUAGUAAGUUAUUGAGAUUGGAGCUAGGCCUGAUUGCAGAGUCUACAGUUCUUUAUUUCCUUGUAUGGAUUUAUGCCUCUCCCCAUUUUUAUUUGCUUAAGUUUUCCUGAGCUUUUAGUUUCCCUUCAUCAUCUAAGACCCAGCUCCUUCAGCUAAGCAGUCCUCUUUUCCUCUUCCACUUAUAGUCAGUACCAUGCAAGUUUAGUAUUUAAUGAUGUGCUGUCUUAUAUUUUUCUCCUAGUCUCAUGUCUCUUUGUCUUAAUGCCAGCUAAAUGGCUCUCUGAGGACCAACACUGCAUUUCUUUUAUGUUUUUCCAGUUUUGAAACUUAUUUAUUUGUUGACUAGAUACAACGUGCUCAUGAUUAAAAAAAAACUGAAACAAUUCAAAACGGUAUUCAGUGAAAAGUAAAUUUCCUUGUCAUUCUUGCCUCCCGAUUCCCAGUUGUCUCCCCAGGCAAUGACUGUUACUGUUUAUGUAUUUUUCUAGAGGUAUUCUUUCUCCAUAUACAAAUAUUUAUUGCUACUGCUUUCUGUAAGUCUACGUCACUGAAAACCUUAUUUGAUCUAGGUCACACUGCAGUUACAUUGCCAACUCUAGGACCUUCCCUUCCUUAGAAGUUGUGGGACCCCUUGAGGUGACAAGGGAACGUAGGGAAAGCAGCAGAGGGUAGUCCAUGUUGUGCUAUCUUGGGAGACCCAAUUGCUGUUGUGUUAUGAGACAGCACUCUGGGAUUGGGAAAAUAUAAAUGCAGUUGGAGAUUUUUUUUAAAUAAAAAUUUGUAUAGCUACAACCCCUCAUUGUACCUAAAGCUUCUCUGAGUCUGUCUCCCAGUUACCAUCUUGAUAGCCUAUAUGCCAAAUUAAGUUGUUGAAGCCAUCACUAACAGAGGGAGAACAGAUCACUCUCUGGUUGUGGUCAACACUCUGUUAGGUAGCCGCGUCCAGUCAGUAGUUGAAAAGUUCCCACAUAAUCCACUAUCUUGGCAUCAGAGUCACAAUGCAGUGGUCCAGCAUCAAAGAUAAAUGCUAAGAACACGUAGCUCCUACACAGGAAAGUAAGGAAUUCAAAAAUUAGCUAACUCUGCAUGGAUCAUGAGUCUGUAAAACAAUAUUUUUAAAAGAGGAUGCAAGCUGCUAGUACUAUUGUAAUUAUGAAGACAGGAUAUUAGAGAGUGGUACUAACCAUCUUAAAAGUUUAGAGGACCAGAGGCUCUAUUCAGAGAAGAAUGCUGACCAAAACAGCUGAAAUAUCCAUUCCAGACACUUCGCCUUUAGAACUAUUUUUUUCAGAUAGUGCAGUUCGCUUCACUGCUGUUUAUAUCCCACUUUAAAGCUCCUGGCCCCUUAGGGUAACAUUUAAUAAGCAGUAAAAAUUUUGUUGUGUACCAUAUGGAACCAGGAAAUAGAAAUGACUUAUGUGAACAGUUGUUGAGGAAGUUGUUUAUUAAGCAAAUGUUAGUGAGCAACUACUUAUAUGCAAAGCACUGUGCCCCAUGCUGGGUAAACAAUAAGUUAGAUCUGGUCCUUGUCUUCCUGGAACAUUUGUCCUAAUGAGAGAGACUGACCAAAAAAAUUAAGUAAACAAAAAUUUUAAAAAUUGCUAUGAAGGUAUUGCUAUGAACAAGGUACCGAGAAAAAGAAUGAUGGGGAAGGGACCUACUUUAUAUAGAUGGUCUAAGAGGAAACAUUAAAGCUAAGACUUGAAGGAUGAGAAAGAGCUACUUGUAUCUGGAAUGGGAAGAGCAGCAGGCAGAGGGAACAGCUGUGCAGACCCCCUGGUGUUUGAAGGCGUGAUCAUUUCCCUUCCCAUCUUAUCUAUUCCAGUCAUUGGCACCACUGUUCACUCAGCUGCUCAAGCCAGAAAUCAAAAAGCCAUCCCCGAUGCCUCCCUGUCAGUUAUUCCUUGUAUCUGGUGCAUUCGCAGGUCACAGAUUUUAUUUCCAUAACAUCUUAAUAUCACCUACUUCUCUCCGUCUCCAUUACCACCAGCCUCUCCAGGCCGCCGUCAUCUCCAGCCUGGAUUGCUAGCACAGUCUCCAACAUGAUCUCUCCUUGACUGCUUAUCUAAAAUGCAAAAAGA